GGGCCCCUCCCCGCGCCGCCGCGGCCCGGCCACCGCCACAGCCGCUCCCGCUCCAGCCUCGUCGGUGCGGCGCGCGCGGGAGUGCGGGCCCUGGGCCCUGCGGGGCGCGCUCGGAUCUGCCAAGGCCAUGUCUGUUCCAUCGUCAUUGAGCCAGUCGGCCAUUAAUGCCAACAGCCACGGAGGCCCCGCCCUGAGCCUACCCCUGCCCCUGCACGCUGCCCACAACCAGCUGCUCAACUCCAAGUUGCAGGCCACGGCUGUGGGACCCAAGGACCUGCGCAGUGCCAUGGGGGAGGGUGGUGGGCCUGAGCCAGGCCCUGCCAAUGCCAAGUGGCUAAAAGAGGGCCAGAACCAGCUCCGGCGGGCUGCCACGGCCCAUCGUGACCAGAACCGCAACGUGACCUUGACCCUGGCAGAGGAGGCCAGUCAGGAGCCUGAGAUGGCACCCUUGGGCCCCAAAGGCCUGAUGCACCUGUACUCUGAGUUGGAGCUCUCUGCCCACAAUGCAGCCAACAGAGGGCUCCGAGGAUCUGGUCUGAUCAUCAGCACCCAAGAGCAGGGGCCAGAUGAAGGAGAGGAGAAGGCAGCAGGGGAGGCCGAGGAGGAUGAUGAGGAAGAGGAGGAGGAGGAGGAGGAGGAGGACUUGUCUUCUCCCCAAGGGCUGCCCGAGCCCCCGGAGAGUGCGGAGAUGCCCCCCAGACCCCAGGCCCUUGCCGACGGUCCCCGAGAGCACAGCAAGAGUGCCAGCCUCCUGUUUGGCAUGCGGAACAGUGCAGCCAGUGAUGAGGACUCAAGCUGGGCUACCUUAUCCCAGGGCAGCCCCUCCUAUGGCUCCCCGGAGGACACAGUCAGGAUUCCUGGUUUCCUUGGUAACGGGAAGCACGUCAGCAGUCUGGGCGCUCCCAGCCAUCCUGGUGCUGCGGUUGCCGAGGAGACGCUGCAGCCUAGCUGGGCCCUGGCAGAUUCCUUCUGGAACCCCAACGCCUUCGAGACGGAUUCCGACCUGCCGGCUGGAUGGAUGAGGGUCCAGGAUACCUCAGGGACCUACUACUGGCACAUCCCAACAGGGACCACCCAGUGGGAGCCCCCGGGCCGGGCCUCUCCUUCACAGGGGAACAGCCCCCAAGAGGAGUCUCAGCUCACUUGGACAGGUUUUGCCCAUGGAGAAGGCUUUGAGGAUGGAGAAUUUUGGAAGGAUGAACCCAGUGAGGAGGCCCCUAUGGAUUUGGGGCUGAAGGACCCUGAGGAGGGGACAUUGUCCUUCCCAGCUCAGAGCCUCAGCCCAGAGCCAUUACCCCAAGAGGAGGAGAAGCUGCCUCCACGGAAUGCCAACCCAGGGAACAAGUGUUUCGCCGUGCGCUCCCUAGGCUGGGUGGAGAUGACCGAGGAGGAGCUGGCCCCUGGACGCAGCAGUGUGGCAGUCAACAACUGCAUCCGUCAGCUUUCCUACCACAAAAACAAUCUGCACGACCCCAUGUCUGGGGGUUGGGGGGAGGGAAAGGACCUACUGCUACAGCUGGAGGACGAGACACUAAAGCUGGUGGAGCCACAGACUCAGGCCCUGCUGCAUGCCCAGCCCAUUGUCAGCAUUCGCGUGUGGGGCGUCGGGCGGGACAGUGGAAGGGACUUUGCCUACGUAGCUCGUGAUAAACUGACCCAGAUGCUCAAGUGCCACGUGUUUCGCUGUGAGGCACCUGCCAAGAACAUCGCCACCAGCCUGCAUGAGAUCUGCUCUAAGAUCAUGGCCGAACGGCGUAAUGCCCGCUGCUUGGUAAAUGGACUCUCCCUGGACCACUCUAAACUUGUGGAUGUCCCUUUCCAAGUGGAAUUCCCAGCACCCAAGAAUGAGUUGGUACAAAAGUUCCAAGUCUAUUACCUGGGGAACGUGCCUGUUGCUAAACCUGUUGCAGGGAAGGCUUCCGGGCGGGACUUGGAUGAACCCCAAAGGAUGAGUAUCGGGAGUUUCUCAGUCAAGAGGGAAAGGGUACUCCAAACCGAAGCUUUUCCACAGUUGCAGCCUGUGUCCCUCGAGGGCAUCCUCUUCUCUUACUCUGCAUUCCCCAUCUGCCUAGUAGGGCAUUUGCCAGGACUAGAUGUUAAUAAAUGCUACAUAAAUCAUUUGAAGCUCCGGGAGCAGUAAAAUAUGAGGCUUGACAGCUCAGAUGAGGCCAGUUUUUGGAGGACCUGCAUGCUUGGGAGAGGAGUUUGGCCUUGAUCCAGUCAGAGGUGAGAUGAGCAAGGCCAAGAUGAGGGAGGACUUUCGAGGAAGAUAUUUGUCCUCUUCCUUGUCCUCUGCCCAAAGAGGGUCCAUGUAGUCUGCUCCUUUGGGAGCCCGGAGGCACUGAGAGGGGCAAGAGGGCCCAGGAGUGGCCCACAGGGCUGCAUGCCUCCACGUAGGCACUGCUUAUUCUAACCUUUUAGCUGCGAAGGUAAAGACCAGUAGAUCACACUGCCUGUUCAUGAGUAGUGCAGGGACCAGCACCCAUGCAGCACCAUGCUAUGUGCUUCUCCUGCCAUGGUUUUCUGCUGAGUGCAGGCAAAAGUGGGAUGCAGGAGUGAAGUGUUGAAUAACAAUUUGAGAUGGAGGAAACCACUGUGUUACAGAGGAAGUUGAUUGAUCUAAAAAACCAGGAAUCUUGCAUUACUUCCUUUGAGCACAUUAUAGAAAUUACUGAAUCCAACUAAGAUUUGACAUUCCUUCUAGUUCUGAAAACUGGGAAUAUAAAGAAGGGAACUUUAAGCAUUAGUUUCCUUAUCUGUAAAAUGGUAAUAAAAGAACCAAUUGGGAGAUUGUCAUAGGUGUAAAUGCAAUUGUGCACUAUAAUGAUGUAGCAUGGUGGGACACAAAAGUCAACUUACCUCAAGUGGAUACAAAACAAACCAAAGUUUGGGUCUUGGGAGAGGAGUGGCCUUUAGGGGCUGAUUUGAGGGUUGUUGUAGUGUGAUGUAGUUGAAUGUCUGAAUGUGGGUGAACACUGAGCCAAGAUGUGGGGAGGUCAGAGCUUUGGGGGAUCAGCUUAUUUAGGAGGCUGAAGGAAGAGUCAGAAUCAGGUGAAGAAAACCAAGCCUAGGAUUCAAUAUUGAAGAAACCAGAAAAGUGCUAAAUUACUGAAGCCAAGUAAGAGGGUACCAAGGAAGGGAUAUCUGUGCAGCAUUGUACAGGGCUGUAAACUGGUGAAAUGGGGAUGGAGCAAAGGACCUGGGGUAAACUCUCCCCACCCCUAGUGGUAUCAUGUUUGUGUCCAUA